CUUCGUGAUGUGAAAAAGAAUUUUUUCACUUGCUCGGAGGCGACCCCAUCGGACAUUGGGCCUUGCGCGGAAGGACUUGAGUGAAACCAAAAACUUUCUUCUAAUCCCGGCAUAACUAUCAAUAAAGUAUGGUGUAUUAAAUAUUGUCGUUGUUCGUCAUGCGCAAAUGUUGUCCUGAUUAAAAAUGGAGGAGGUUGGCACAGAGAAAUGUCUGUCAAGAAGAAGGUCCGCUACUCUUAAACCAUUUCGAGUUAAAGACGAACGUGUUGCAACUUUCAAAAAGGUUGCAUCUAUACUACAGAAGUCCGAGACAGAUCGUACCCACGAAGAGAAAGAUAUUUUACUUUCAUGCGGAGACGUUGUCAAAGAGGUUAACCUCAGGCAAGAGAAGAGAGACAAAGUAAAGGCAAGGCUAGAAGAAGUUGAAGAUGCUCCAGAUCUUUUGGAAGAGAAAUGCAUGCGACUUGCAGCAGCGCUUAGUCGAGCUACGUCACUUGCCGUUUAUACAGGUGCUGGUAUUAGCACAGCAGCCUCAAUUCCUGAUUACAGAGGAACAAAUGGCGUUUGGACAAGAUUGCAACAAGGGAAGGAUAUUGGAAAUCACGAUCUCAGCCAGGCGGAACCCACCCUGACGCAUAUGGCCCUUUAUGCGCUUUACAAGGCCAGAGUGUUGAAGCAUAUUGUAUCGCAAAAUUGUGAUGGACUUCAUUUGCGUAGUGGUAUUCCUAGACAACUUUUAUCCGAAGUACAUGGCGACAUGUAUAUAGAGGUUUGUAGAACAUGUAAGCCAAACAGAGAGUUUUGGAGGCUUUUCGACGUUACGGAAAAGACAGCAAGGUAUUCUCAUGGGACGGGUAGGUUGUGUCACCAGUGUAAUUCCGUGCUGCAAGAUUCUAUCGUGCAUUUUGGUGAGAGGGGAAACUUGCCAUGGCCUAUUAAUUGGAAUGGAGCUAGCAGAGCAGCCAAACAAGCUGACAUAAUUUUGUGCUUGGGGUCCAGUUUGAAAGUCCUAAAGAAAUAUCCGUGGCUUUGGCAGAUGGAUAGACCAGUCAACAAGAGACCUGCGCUUUACAUCGUCAAUUUGCAGUGGACACCGAAGGAUGAAAACGCGGUGUUGAAGAUAAACGGCAGAUGUGACGAAGUCAUGAAAAGAGUUAUGGCCCAUUUAGGUCUAGAGAUACCACCGUACAAUAGAGCCAAAGACCCGAUAUUCCAUCACGCCGUGAGACUUGAAGCGAAUGAACAAUCUACGACGUCACAACCGUGCCUAGAAGAACCUACUCUCGGUGAUAACGAUUCAAAAACUUGUCUGGAGGAUAAAAAAUCAGACGAAACUAUGCCAAAAACUGAAGAAGACUGCAAUUCACAAAUCACAACAUCAGAGUCGAUGACGGCUUAUCCUGCUCCAUUCUUCACAGCCUUACCAUUCCUAUCGAUGGGCUUGCCAUUCCCUCCUAUGUAUAUGUACCCACAUUUAACCCCAUUUUUUUACUACCCAUUCAUCCAAGUACCCCCCCUCAUGAUCGAGUCUCCAAAACCAAAACCCGCCUGUUCGUUUUGCAUGGAAAACGAAGGUUCAUUAACUUGUCUGUUUUAUCAGAGAGACGGCGAAGAUCCCGCGGCAACGGAUCUUUCAACGACUGAAAAUACCGAGUCUGAAGUUGACUCGAACUUAGAAACAAAUCAGGAAAUCGAAUCGUUAGUUUUAGACCCAACCACGCCGUUACCCUCGGCGAAAAAUCCUGGCUGGUUUGGAAAAGGCUAUCGUAAAGGUAUGAGAAAAAAACGGUAGCAUCUACUCUCAUUGUUCAAUAAUCAUUCGAGUAUCGAAAUGUUCCUGUUUUACGUCGACUUUAUAUGCUGUGAAAAAAGCAUGACGCAAGAAUACAAGGUUACUAUAAAAAAAUGCAAAAAUCUAGCAAUUGACGAGAACGUAUGUACUUCAUCCGAAGCCUCCUAUCGGAUUUUAAUAAUUCAUCCGUUAACCAAAGCAAUGCAUUUAAAUAACGCUCUGAAAGAGUCACAAUGUUUCGACCACGAUUUUUCAAGCAAUUACUCGACACGUUGAUGUCGGAGUGAAAAAAUAUCUGUCUCGAUGUUGAAGUGUUCUUUUUUUUUUUU